CAUUCUGAAGAGCAUACGUUCGAGAAGGCUAUGGCGACGAGAGCGAUAUGGCUCGGGUCAGCGAGAGUAGCCUCAUUAGCUUCUUCGGCGGCCAGGCAUAAUGCAGUUCGCAUGAGCAGUAUGAACGCCGUAUCGAGAGUGCAAGGUCGUGAUUACAACAACAUUCAUACCACAGCAGCGGCAAGGAAUGAUGGUAUGCUAAAGCAAGAUCCGGUUACGGAAAGCACAACAGAAAACAGUUCAGCUCAGCAAGAUCAGUCGACUGCAUCUUCAAGCAAGCAAACACUAGACACAAAACCAAAAUCGAAAAGGAUACGUAGAGGAGGUGGAACACCACUCUUUGUUGCUCGAAAUCCAAGUUCUGCGACAACAUCAGUUGGAAAUCUAUCUAAGCAAAAGCGAUACCUGGAACGUCAAGCAUUUGACUAUUUAAAUGAAAACGAAAAGGUGUUUAAAGAUGAUGAUGUUAUGCGCACAUUAAUGUUAAAAUUGGGAAAACAAGUCAAACGAUUAGACCUUGUGGGCUCUAUCAAUACAUGCGCCGGUAUUCGUGAUCGUAUGCUACACGUGGAGAGACAAACGAAACGUAAAGCUUCGUUGACGCCGCCGACGUACAUAUUUCACCAGUUGCUCACCGUUCUAGGGUCAUAUGGAGAUCUGCCACGAUGCAAGGAAAUUUUGGACGAAAUGCGUGCUUGCGGCAAAGAGAUAGGUAUCACCGAAUUAGAACUCGUUCUGCGAGCGGCUGCUUUUAGCGGUGGUGCAGACGAGGUCGAUGACAUUUUGUCAGACCUUGUAAAGCUUCUAAACGAUCGAGGUGAACCAGGCAAAGAAGGAAAGGAUGAUCUAUCUCAAACACAGGCCGACGAUCAAAUAUUACAAGCUGAUUUUAUGCGGAAUUGGACGCCGAAAAUGUAUCGGACGAUGUUUUUGCAAUGUCAAAUGAGCCGCAACUUAGAGUAUGGUUUGACGUUAUUGGGUGCUGCAGGACGAAGGUCGAAGGAAGAAGAAGAAAAAGAUCCGACAAGACAGCAUCUGUUUCUACAUGAAAUCUUAGAUCUUACCACGAUCAAAGCCAUCUUGAAUCUUGCUAGAGAUUGUAGACAUGCAAGGUUGAUGUCCGAUUUAGCACUCUGGUUUGACGAAGGUGCUUCUAAGCGUACACUUGGAUAUGAUAUUUGGAUGGAGGUCUUGCGUUGCUGCGCUGAGGAGCAUUGGUUUCCCGGUGUCGAAUUGGCAUGGGAGCGUUCUAUUCGACGUGGUCUUUUCAGGCCGGAUGAAGGUCUGUUCAUGUCGAUCUUGCAUUGCGCCUCAAGAGCAAGUCAACCAAAAUUUAUCGAAGACAUUUUGAUGGCAAUGAAGGGUUUUGGUCAAGUGCGAAACGAAAUGCGAGAAUGGCACCUAAUGCCUUUAUUCGACGCACAGUGCAGUAAAAGUGAUUUCGAAGGAGCUCUUCGAACAGCAACAAAAAUAGCAAAGUUGGCUCAUGUUGCAUCAACGAAAAAUCACUUGUUGGCUCUCUCCAAUCCAUUUGAAUCAUCAAAGACAUUGGCUAGAACUGCAUACAAAGCGUUCGUCACAGUUGGAAGAGAUGGAAGUGAAGAUGGAGGCGUGAUCACGCAUUCAAUGAACGCAAUGAUUCGAUUAGCAAGAAAAACCGGUCUUCAUGAAAUGGCUUUGAAAAUCUAUGGUGUACGAAAAUACCUUGCAGAUGGGCUAAAGGUGUCAGAAGCUGCACUUCCAAAAUUGCCAACAUUCUAUCUGGAAUUAGGUAUGAAUGCCGAUAUGGUGGGAGAACCGGGAAAAGAGAUCAUACGUCAGACGAUCACCCAAAUUCAAGAUAUGGAUACUGUGCAUGAACAGGAGAUCAGUGCUAACAAGAGAAUUAUUCAACCUGAUAUUGCAACUUUCAAUGCGUUACUCGGAACAGCAAUUGAUACAGACAGUCGAGAAUUGGCCGAAUUUGUCUUUCGCGAGCUGAACGCAUACAAGAUCAAGGCUGAUGAAACUACAUACGAAAGAGCAAUUGUUUUGUACGUCGCGCAAGAAAAUUAUUCUGAUGCAUACGCUUUCUUGCAAGAAUGUCAAUCGAAGAUGAUACCGUCAAAAGCUUCAUUUUUGGCCGUUGCUCUUCGCUGUUUGAGAGAAGAUGACGAUCGAUGGAUAAAUAUCGGUCAGGAGAUGGUCAAGAACGGAUACUUUCCUGGAGGUGAAUUGCUAAAUGCUCUCAUUAAGGGCGGUCAUAUUAGCGCUGCAAGGUUGGGUGAGCUGUCCAGAUCGCGAGAAAGAACGAAAGAUCGUGAGUCGGACGAGGACGACUAUGCCGAAUAAAAGUAUGUAUUAUAUACAAAUUGCUAUAAU